GUUAUGCAGUUCCACGCAUCCUUCUACGCUUCUUGAGGGUCUUGGCCUUAUUUGGGUCUCCCCCAGCCCCCAAUGCCCCCCUGCUUUGGACAUGCAGGAUUCGCCGUCGUCCUUGCUGCGCAUGUGAUAUCUAGUUUCACAUUGUGCAAGUCGACUACUAGUCGAAAGAUGAGGCAAUCCCGAUGUUUUGUCGUAGUUUUAGCAUCCGAGCCUGUCACGGCGUCAUUCUCAGACCCUUGAUAUAUCGCCUGUCCCGUUUUUUGCGCCGUCCGGUCAUGGUACUAGGUGGAAUCUAAAUUCGGCGGUGGACACGGGGAA